AUGACUUCUCUUCGAUUUGUCAGGUCGGUUUGGGAGUCCUUUCGGGCUACUUCGGGUCUAGAGCCUCGUCUCUUGAAUAAUCUUCAGGUGACUGCUGCGAGACCCGGCACUGUCAACUUCGAACUGGAGAUCCAGAAGGAGCACACAAAUCGCCUGAACAUCCUGCAUGGAGGUACCAUUGCUAGCAUGGUGGACCUUGGUGGUUCUCUCGCUGUCGCUUCCCGAGGUCUGUUUGCGACUGGCGUGUCAACCGACCUGAAUGUGACCUACCUUAACUCUGGAGGCAAGGUUGGUGACAAAAUUCUUGCGGAGGUAACUUGUGAUAAGUUUGGGAAGACUUUGGCCUACACGAACAUCAAGUUCAUGAAUGCAAAGGGUGACAUUGUAGCCAGAGGCAGCCACACGAAAUAUGUCACCCUUGCUUGGAAGGAUCCUCAGAACAUUGUCGAGGAAAUCAACAAGCUGAAAUAA